GUCUCACCAGAUGGCUGUAAGCCGACCCUUGAGGACAAACCCAACCAAAACUAAUUAAUUAGCAGCUUGCCAGGAGCCAAAGUACGAGGCUCGGUUGCGAAAAUGACCGCUUGACUGUGAUGGAAUAAACUGGGGAUCUCAUCAGUAACACCCACCCACUUGGCCCCUUGUGGCCAAAUGAUGGGACUGUAAGGCGUAGCGCGAAAUAGAUUUGAAACUCCUCGCCGUCUUCUCUUUGCUUUGUUCUUGUUCUCUUCCUCACUCAGUUAAGGAACGACGGUUUUUUGUGUCGCAUCCAAGUGGAAGAUUUCACAUAAUCGCUUCCUCUUUUCUCAAGGACCAGACCGGAGCUAUAGUAAACCCAGCGCUGCCUAGCCUUUGCACUCUUAUACGGACGGAUAGGAGACCGGAGAAACUUACGGCACAUCGCCGUGAGACACGACGACAACAUGUCCACGAACGGCACGCACAAAUUUAGCACCAAGGAUUGUACAGAUGUCAGCCUUUACUGCCCCGUCGCGGCGACAGUGCUAGGCUACUACCCGAACCUUGGUGCCAACGCCUUCCUUGCCGCCGGCUUUGGGAUAUGUCUUAUCGGACUGAUCGGCGUUGGAGGAUGGAAGAAAACAUGGGGCUACUCGGCGGCCUUGGUGGCGGGUUGUAUACUUGAGCUUGCGGGUUACAUAGGACGCGUGCAACUACACUUCAACCCCUACAACAAGAACGCCUUCCAGACGCAGAUCUGCGCCAUCAUCCUGGCGCCCACGCUGAUCUGCAUCUCCAUCUACCUGACGCUGAAGCACGUGGUGCUGUCGCUCAACCCCUCGCUCUCGCGAAUCCGCCCGCGUCUGUACCCCAUCAUCUUCGUGCCCGCCGACGUCUCCUGCCUGGUGCUGCAGGCCAUUGGCGGUGCCCUGGCUGCGUCCGCCGGCUCCGAGAACGCCAAGCUGCUGCUCGCCGGCGACCGCGUCAUUAUCGUCGGCAUCGCCUUCCAGGUCGUCGUCCUGCUCGUCUUCGGGCUCCUGAGCGCCGACUACUUUCGCCGCGCCGGCAGGUGGCUCCGGUCCGGCGAUGCCAGCCCCGAGGCCCGGGGCUUGUGGGCAGAUAAGAAGUUCAGGUUGUUCUUCUACGCCGUCCUCGGCGCCUACUGCGGUAUAUUCAUCCGCUGCAUCUACCGUAUCGCGGAGAUGAGCGGCGGCUGGGGCAGCACGAUCAUGAGGGACGAGCCGAGCUUCAUCGUCCUCGAAGGCUUCUGUGUUCUCAUUCCUGUCGCCCUCCUCACCGCCUUCCAGCCGGGUUUGUUGUUCCCCGCCAUGACGGCACGAGAGAGCCAGAGGUUCAGAAGAAAGAGCAAGAGAGUUGGUGAGAAGAGUGGGGUCGAGAGUGGCGAGGCUGGUAUCAAAUCGGGUGAUGAGACACCGGAGAAAGUGACUGAACCCACGAGCGUAUACUAGAUGCUGUUGGGUAGAGUAGACUACAUCUUUAGGAUUUAGACAUUGGUAGCGGCAUUUUUUCUGGCGUUGUAGACAAUUUCAUCUUAGAUCGGGAGGAGUUCCCUUGCCAGACAAGAGCUUCGUUUGUUGCGUCUUCCCAUGACUUUUAC